AAAUUUGGGAUACCUGCUGAGCUUGGAAUAUCCUCAUCCUUCGAAUUCACUUGCGCAGAGAGAGAGAGAGAGAGAGAGAGAGAGAGAGCGGACGGAGAAGAGAUGACUCAGAUUGGGGUUUUUUCUGUAACCAGUCCCAUGGAAUCCGCUAAUUACCGAAAAGGUAAUCUUCUCUCUCCUCCCCACCUUUCAUAUUUUGCCCUUCAUUCUCAUUCCAACACUAGAAACCCAAGAAGUUCUACUCCUUCUGCGACCAUCAUCAGCCAAGCAAAACCCCAGCCCAGUUUUGGAAGAGAAAGCUUGUCGAAAGAAAACCCCAGGUUGGAGAAUCUGCGCCCUGCGCAAGAUGAUGUUCCAACCAUUUUAAAAUUCAAUAAGGCGUUGGCAAUUAUUGCGAAGUCAGGUAAGUACGGCAAAGCUCUUUCUCAUUUCAACGAGUUGCAGUUAAAGGAGAUUGAGCUAGAUUUGUAUACCUUCGCCAUUGCCAUUAAGUGCUAUUGUCACCUGAAUCGAGUUGGCUUUGGGUUAUCGCUUUUAGGCGGUAUCUUCAAACGGGGUUAUACGCCUGAUGUAGUUACCUUCACCACUCUGUUAAAUGGACUUAUCGCACAAGAUAAAGCUGAUGAGGCUCUUUCUCUUUUCAACAAGAUACAGUUACGAGACAUUGAGCUAGAUUUGUACACCUUCAACAUUGCAAUUAACUGCUACUGUUGCAUGAAUCAAGUUGGCUUUGGGUUCUCUCUUUUAGGCAGCAUCUUCAAAUGCGGUUAUAUGCCUGAUGUAGUUACCUUCACCACUCUGUUAAAUGGACUUAUCGCACAAGAUAAAGCUGAUGAUGCUCUUUCUCUUUUCAAUAAGUUGCUAUUGCAAGACACCGAGCAAAAUUUGUACACCUUCAACAUUGCAAUUAACUGCUACUGUCACGUGAAUCGAGUUGGCUUUGGGUUCUCUCUUUUAGGCAGCAUCUUCAAAUGCGGUUAUAUGCCUGAUGUUUUUACCUUCACCACUCUGUUAAAUGGACUUAUUGCACAAGAUAAAGCUGCUGAGGCUCUUUCUCUUUUUGACAAGUUGCAGUUACAAAACAUUGAGCUAGAUUUGUACACCUUAAGCAUUGCAAUUAACUGCUACUGUUGCGUGAAUCGAGUUGCCUUUGGGUUAUCGCUUUUAGGCGGUAUCUUCAAACGUGGUUAUACGCCUGAUGUAGUUACCUUCACCACUCUGUUAAAUGGACUUCUUGCACAAGAUAAAGCUGAUGAGGCUCUUUCUCUUUUCAACAAGUUCUUGUUACAAGACAUUGAGCCAACUUUGUAUACCUUCAGCGUUGCUAUUAACUGCUACUGUCAUGUGAAUCGAGUUGGCUUUGGGUUCUCUCUUUUAGGCGGUAUCUUCAAACACGGUUAUACGCCUGAUGUAGUUACCUUCAACACUUUGUUAGAUGGACUUAUCGGACAAGAUAAAGCUGAUGAGGCCGUGGAGUUAUUUGAGAAAGUAGUCAAAAAGGGUGAAAUCAAACCCGAUGAGACGAUAUAUGGAUCGUUAAUAAAUAGGCUUUGCAAAAUGGGAAACACGGGAGCGGCUAUUAGUUUUCUGAGGAUAGCAGAAGGAGGUUUAAAACAUGACACCAUGACAUAGGCCAUGAUCAUUGACCAUCUUUGCAAGGAUGGGUUGGCGAAUGACGCUCUCAACUUCUUAGUAGAAAUGAAUAGCAAAGAUAUUUCUGCAAAUAAUGUCACUUAUACAUCCUUGAUUUAUGGUCUCUGCUCUUUGCAAGCGAGGGAUGACAAUGGAAGUGGAGGAGUUACUUGAAGUCAUGGAAGAAAGAGUUGUGGGUCCUGAUGCAGUCACAUACACUUGGCUCAUGGAGGGAUAUUGUUACAAGGCCAGAUGGACAAAGCAAUAAGAUUGUUAAAGGCCAUGGGGGAUAGGGGCAUUCAUCUAGACACAUGUUGCUAUAACAUUUGGAUCAAUGGAUAUUGCAAGAACAUGAAAUUAGUCGAGGCUGUGCAUCUUCUUCGAGAAAUGCCUCUACUGGGUCUAAAACGUGACAUCAUUAGUUUUAGAACUAUAUUGCUAGGUCUGGUUCAGAUAGAUAUAUAUGCUCCUGCCCAAGAAAUUCUUAAUGAGAUGCAACCUGCCGACCCACAUCUCGAUACUAAAACUUGUGGUCUCUUGUUCGACGGCCUUUGCCAAAGUGGGCAUAUUGAUGAAGCAAUAUUCUUAUUUCACAUGAUGGAAAAAAGGGUUUAGGUCUCGAUAUUGUUAAAUACAAUGUCCUUGUUGAUGCAUACUGCAAGAAGAAAACACUUGGUAUGAUUCAAGGUCUUUUGAGGAACCCGUGGUUGAGGAAGUUGUUGCCUGCGGAAUGAUGUCUCUUACACAGUUACACGAUAUCAUUCUGGGAUUUCAUCGAGGUUUGAAAUCAUUCGAGGCCAAGGGGCAUCAACAGGGAUAUCCAUAUUCCAAAUAGUAUGGCAUUCAAUUCUUAUAUUCUUACCAUUAUCACAUGUUGGAGAUUCUUAUGGACUCUUGUCUUUAUCCCUUGGGAUAAUUAUUUGAUCUCCUUUCAAUCUACCAGAAUGAGUUCCAACAUCCUCUUCUGGUGCUUCAAUAAUCCCACUGUUCCUUUCAAUCUGUGGUUGUAAAAUAUCAGCUUUCUUUCUCUCCAAAGAGUCUCAUUUUCACAUUGGAGGCAUCUUCUGGACUUGAUUCUUGAUAGUCAGUUCUCUCUACUUCCAACAUUUCUCUCUCUAUCUCUCUCCACUUAUUACCCCUACUAUUUUUCAAAAAACUUUUCAAAUACCAAACCAAACACAGCACAUGUCUUUUGAAGUAUAACAGUGCUUUUGUGAAAUGUGUUAAGAGUUCUACUGGCUUGUCUAUGAUGUAUAGAGUGUACAUGGAGAGGCUCACCUUUUGUUUCUUUGUUGGUGCGAGCACAAGACUUUACUUUUUGUUGCUAGUUAGUAUGUUCUUUUGGCCAUUGGGCUGAUAUAGAUAUGGCUCAAGUAGGAUAGUUCAAGAUUUAACUCUAUAACCAAGCUAUAGUUCGAGCCUUUUGAUUUCUUUUGUACUAGUGGGGAAUGUUCCCACUUGAACUUUAUCUAUUUCAGUAAUGUAGUAUGAAAUGGGUGAUGUGCCCUCUUGAACCCUAAUUUGUGUGCAAGUGGAGUGGGUGCAGUUGGUGCCUCCCUUGGGCAAGGUUGGAUUCCGUAAGAACCCAUCGUCCUCCUCAAGUCCCCUAGGAUAUAGUAGAUUAGGAUUAACGAUUAGCAAAAAAACUAUAAUUUGUAUGAAUUGGAGGUGGUGGCCACUUUAGUUUUUUCUUCUAGAACAGUACCUAUUAAAAUCUGUAGCUGUUUUGUUUUAUUGUUUUUCUUUACAAUGGAAUCACUGGUAUGCAAUGGAAUCUUUACAUUCUUCGUAUUAUUUUUCAUUUGAGCACCUCGUAACAUAGCACAAGUUACCAUGUCCUGAACUGGGAGCAAAACACAUCUCUGGGAUUUUCUUAACCGUAUCACAAACGUGUCAGACACGGACACAACUCGCGAUAACUCUAAAUGAUUGAAUGGGGACAUAGACAUGCCGGGGGACACGGCUAAGAAUAUAUAUGCUAUUGUAUUGACAUUAGGCUUGUGAACAUUCUAUCUAGAUACAACAAUUACUUAUGGCUUCUUUACGAUUCUUACUUUUUGCUUUUCAAAUGGUAUAAUUGAUCACUAUCAUAUUUUGAUUUCCGGGAAUAAGCUUUUACUAUUAUAAAUUGAUCAAUGUAAUGUUUCCACCUGUGCUGAAGUUGAAUCCUUGAUAUGUCCCUGGUGUCUUGCCUGCUUAAAAUUAGUAAAAUUACGUGGAGACGCCGUCCAGCAUGUCCCAUACUGCCAUAUGUGUCCCCGGCGUGUCUAAUACUGAUACAGUAUGCAGUUAGGCGUGUCAGCGCUUUAUCGGGUUGUAGAUACCAGAUACUGCAAGAGAAUCAUAAGAAUAGUAAUGAUAGGUCAUGCCAAUAGAGUUUAGAAAUGGAAGAAAGCCAACUGAUUUAUUUGUAUGUACAGUAAAUUUGUGUUCCAUUUUUAGGCUUACCUUAUGUUCAUGGUAGAGGUUUUGUGGUGCAAUAAUGUUGCUAUUGGCUCAGAGUUGAUAUCCAUUAGCCACCAUUAUUACCCUAAGCUGUUGGACUAUUUGCUAGUCUCAUAUGUGUUUAUUUUUCAAUGGUGAAAUGUCUAGGCUUGAAACAAUUUUAUUCUGACAAUCAAGGUCUUUAUUUCCCCAUGAAAAUAUGGUGUCAACGACUCAACUGUCAAAUGCCUUGUGGUGGAAUAUUCAGCAUAUUGAUUGAUGUUCAAAUGACUGCUUCUACUUCUUGAUUAUGGUGGUGUGACAUCCUACUAUUUGAGAACAUUGUUACUGACCGUCUCAUUCCACAUUGUUAUUCAUGUGAACAUUCUAUCCAGAUACCAUCAAACUUAUAAGAUCAGUUUGAAAUUCCCCUAUGGAGCAAUGCUGUCAGACGACUUGAUGUGGAAUGUUCAACAUAUUGAUCUGAUGUUCAAAUGGCUGCUUCUACUUUUUUGGUUAUAGUUAUACGACAUUGUACUGCUUCGAUUAUGUAUAAGCGACCAUUGUUACUGACCGUCUCAGCCACGUAUCUCAGUUUUAUUCGGGGGGGAAGCAAGUACAAAAAUGAAGGGUGAAUGGCGGCGUACGAAUUGGUCAGAUUCGAACCGACGAAUUGAGUUUUUGCGGACCCCUACCUUGGCCACUUGGUUGCGGUUCCCUAUCAAUUCCAUGUCUUUCCCAUUCUCUGACUUCGCUUCGUAGGGUACUACAACCCGGAAUAAACGAUGCUGGAAUGCUUUGGGAGGAAGCAUAACAUAGGGGACAUUGAUUAUUAUGAUAAAUACUUUGUAAAACUUGAGAAUCCAAGACUUCUCCCUACCCAAACCCUUUCCGGGGCGACAAUAUGAAGAUGCAUCUAGGGAUUUGUUGAUGGUCCACGACCCAGAAAGUAUGGUACUACCUCCGUCCCAAAUUGGAUGUCAUUUUUUGAUAUUCGUGUCAAUUUUAAUUACUUAUAUCUUUCAAUAUAGAUCUAAAAAAAUAUGCAAUAUGAAUUUUGUUUGAUAGUU